AUGAUGAUCUCCCCGUGGGACCGCUGGUACUCCACCAGCUGCUGCCUGUGCUGCCAUGUCCGCACAGGAACCAUCAUCCUGGGAGCCUGGUACAUGCUCAUCAAUGCCGUGGUGCUACUCAUCCUGCUCACAGCCCUCAGCGAUCCUGAGCAGUACCACCUGACCAGCGCUGAACUGGCUAAUGACCUGGAUGUCAUGGAUGAUGCCAACAUGGGCAUCGCCUCAGCGAUCUCUCUACUGAUGAUUCUUAUAUGUGGGAUGGCAACAUAUGGUGCAUACAAGCUGCGAGCCGCUUGGAUCGUCCCAUUUUUCUGCUACCAAAUAUUUGAUUUUGCUCUCAACACCCUGGUUGCUGUCAGCAUUGUGGUUUAUCCAAACACAAUACAAGACUACCUGCAGCAGCUGCCUGAUAACUUCCCAUACAAAGAGGACAUCGCUGCUCUCAGUAAUGUCUGCCUGGUCCUCAUUGUGCUGCUCUUCAUCAGCUGCAUUCUCAGUUUCAAGGCUUACCUCAUAGCAUGUGUGUGGAACUGCUACAGAUAUGUGAACGGCCGGGGUUCUUCUGAAAUCCUGCUCUACGUUACCACCAAUGACACCACGGUGCUGUUACCUCCGUAUGAUGACAGCGUCAGUGUCCCUCCCAAGCAGGCUCCUCCACCCUACCCCACUGCUAGAGCAUGA